AUGAAGGCCCCCUCCGUCGCCCCCCUGGGCCGGUUCGUUGCUGCGGGUCGGUCCCCGUGGACAUGCUCGAGCUGCCGGUCACAACUUAUCACCAGACCAAAAGCACCGACGUCGGUGACCAUCCGCACUACGCCUUUUCAAUCACGAUCCUAUUCCAACGGCAACUUCAGGAGCUCACGAGGAUCCGCCAAGUAUGGCAAGAGCCGGUCGACACUCUAUGCGGCGGCUGCAACUGGUGCCACAGGGGCCGGUCUUCUGGCUUUCACCGACGACAUCAAGCACAGUUAUGAAGCGACCGAGAGAGCUGGGAGGGUUGCAUCUGCCCUCUUCAUCUGCAUAAACGACUAUCGAACCUCACUCAACAAGAGAGACAAGACCGAGGACCCUGGCGCCAAAGACAGUAUACUCCGCAGAUGCCACAAGCGCUGUGCCGAGCGCACGCUCAAGGUCUUGGAGAAGAAUGGCGGCAUUUUCAUCAAACUCGGGCAACACCUGAGUGCCAUGACAUAUCUACUGCCGAUCGAAUGGACCGACACUUUUAUCCCGCUCCAAGACAAGUGCCCAGUCUCGUCAUAUGAGUCGAUUGUCCAGAUGUUCCGCGAGGACAGUGGCGAGGAGCUUUCCGACUAUUUCUCCUACUUCUCAGAGACACCCGUCGGGGCUGCCUCCCUCGCUCAGGUACAUCUGGCCACCAUCAAGGAGACUGGACAGAAGGUUGCAGUCAAGGUGCAGCACCCCACGCUAGCACGCUGGGCGCCACUGGACCUUUCCCUCACAUCCUUUACAUUUUCGACGCUGAAGCGCUUCUUCCCGGAAUACGACCUAGAAUGGCUAUCUUCUGAGAUGGAGGUGUCGCUACCACAAGAGCUCGAUUUCCAGCUAGAAGCCGCCAACGCGAUCCGGACGAAGCAGCAUUUUCAACAGCGCAAGGACCUCCCCCUCGUUGUCCCCGAAGUGAUCUGGGCCAAGAAACGCAUCCUAGUCAUGGCCAACGAGUCUGGCCACCGCCUCGACGACCUCGCAUACCUCGACCAGAACGGCAUCGAUCGCGACGAGGUCUCCGCGACGCUAGCCCACAUCUUCAACGAGAUGAUUUUUGGCCGCAACGCUCCGCUCCACUGCGACCCCCACGGGGGCAACAUCGCGAUCCGCAAGAAGGACCGCGUGGGCCCCGAUGGCAAGAACUUUGAAGUCAUCCUCUACGACCACGGCCUGUACCGCACGAUCCCGGAGAACCUGCAGUCGAGCUAUGCCAAGAUGUGGCUGGCCGUGAUCGACGGCAACAUGGAGGACAUGAAGCAUUACGCGCACGAGGUUGCUGGUGUCACCGAGGAGCAGUUCCCGCUGUUUGCAAGCGCCAUCACGGGGCGGGACUUCACGGUGGUCAAAUCCUCGAUCCUGAAGCCCCGCUCGACCGAGGAGAAGAAGGAGAUGGGCGACGCCCUUCAGGAGGGCCUCCUGUCUGACCUUGUCCAGAUGCUCGGCCAAGUCCCGCGCAUCAUCCUGCUCAUCCUCAAGACCAACGACCUCACCCGCAGCCUUGACGAGAACCUGCACACCAAGCAGGGCCCCGUGCGGACCUUCCUGAUCCUCGCGCGGUACUGCGCCUGGACCGUGUUCCGCGAGCAGGUCGACGAGCUCAGGCAGCGGCCCGGCAGCUUGCUGAGCCCUGGCAACGCGCUGCGGCUCCUUGGCGCGUGGAUCGGGUAUAUGCGCGUCGAGGUCAAGCUGGGCGCUUUCGAGCUGUGGCUGACGCUGAAGCGCAUCACCGGCCUGGACGGCGGCAGCUCGUUCGGCAGUGGUGACUUCAGGAGCUCCGUGAUCAAUCACUGA